AAAGAGUCUGCUCUUAAAGUCAUUAACAAGAAUCUUAAUCACUAUGAAGAACUUAUACAAACAGCAUCACAACAGAAUGCUAGCAUCGUCGUCUUCCCCGAGUAUGGAAUUACUGGCUUUGGUCAGAGUCGGAAAACUGCUAAAGUCUUUGGAGAGGUGGUGCCAAAUCCAUACAUUACAGUUAUCAUUCCAUGUAAUGACCUAACAAACAGCACUAUUCUCAGAAAAUUAAGUUGUUUUGCAAAGCAGUAUAAUAUAGUAGUUGUAGCUAAUAUGAUUACUAUUGAAGCAUGUUUGCCUAAUGACUCCCAUUGUCCAAGAGAUGGGCAUUAUGUGUACAACACUGAUGUGGCGUUCGAAAGAAAUGGUCAGCUAGUUGCUCACUAUAACAAAAUAAAUGUUUAUGCUGAUGAGAAGCAGAUAUUCGAUACGCCU